AUGUCUGGACUUAAUGCUUCCCUCGGAUACUUCCUUUCUGCUGUGAUCUUUGCAGCCUUUGUCAGAGCACUUCUUAGAAAAUGGCCUCGGUUCAGCUUUGUUUCAGAGUUUUCCUCCUCAUUCAUGCUGGUCGCGUGUUGGCUGGAGGUGCAGACCAUAGUGGAGGUGGGCGAGUGGGCCGGGGGCCUGGGUCCUGAUGUGACGGUGACCAUACUGUUUGUGGUGCUGCUGACCCAUGGUGUGAUUUGUGGCGGGACGUCGGGGAAUCCGAGCCUGGCUGUGCAGAAGUUCCUGCAGCUGGAGGCUUCCUUCCUGCCCACCCUGCUCGCCGUGGCGGCUCACUUUGCCGGGGCGCACCUGGCCCUCCUUGUGGCCGUGUUCUACUGGGGCCUGGAGCUGACCGACAUGCACAUGAUCAAAAACCUGAUGACCAGCGAGUGCAGUACGUCCCUGCAGGUCCCUGUGCUUCAGGGCUUCUUUACGGAGUGCACCUGUGCGCUCAUCUUGCACCUGGUUCACUUGAGCCUGAGACGCAGAUCGGCUCUGAUCCGGGUCCCCCUGAUCGCCGUCCUCCUCACGUUCCUGUCCUACACUGCCAAAACCUACACUUCGGCUUACAUGAAUCCAUCUUUGGCGUAUGGGCUCACCUUCCACUGCCCGGGAUUUACCUUCACCGAGUAUGCCGUGGUCUACUGGCUCAGCUCUCUUACAGGCAUGACUUUGGCUCUUCUCCUUUACAUGGGCCAUAUUCCGAGGAUCUUUGCCAAAAACCUUCUGUACUUCCAGAAGACACGCUUCAGAGUGCCAAAAGGAGAGAAGGCAGAAAAAAAGAAAAUGUGA